AUGUGCCUUCGGUUUGGCAGUAUAAAUACGGUGGUGAUUACCUCCUCCGCCAUGGCGAAGGAGGUGUUGCAAAAACAGGACCUUGCAUUUUCGAGUAGGCAUGUGCCUAAUGCCAUCCAUGUACACAACCAGUUCAAGUACUCCAUCGUGUGGCUCCCAGUGGCGUCGAAGUGGCAGAGCCUCCGGAAAAUAUUGAACUCAAAUAUGUUUUCCGGCAACCGGUUGGACGCCAACCAGCAUUUGAGGGUCAGGAAGGUGCAAGAACUCAUUGCUUAUUGCCGGAAAAAUAGUCAGGCCGGAGAGGCAGUGGAUAUAGGCAGGGCUGCAUUCAGAACUUCACUGAAUUUGCUGUCUAAUACAAUUUUCUCUAAGGAUUUAACGGACCCUUUUUCGGAUUCGGCCAAAGAAUUCAAGGACCUGGUUUGGAAUGUAAUGGUGGAGGCUGGGAAGCCUAAUCUGGUGGAUUUGUUCCCUAUUCUUGAUAAAUUAGACCCUCUAGGUAUUUGUUAA